CACUUCUGUGCAUCUCAUCAUCACACAAUGUCCUCAGCCACCAAUUAAGAAAUUAUUAUGGUCGUUAUGUGAUGAUGCGACUCGUACACGAUUCAGUUCAAGUUCCCUGGCUUGUGUUUGCCAUUAGCAAAACAAAUCGGAGUAUAUACAUGUGUACACACUUGCACACGCAGACACACAAAUAAUAGCAUACGUUGCAUGCGCACACUGAACUGCCCUCCUGCAGUGAAACAUAAUACAUUGAUAUUCAGGACAGCACAGGCAGAAUGGCUGCUGCAUGGGAAGUGGCGUGGGGGAAGAACGCUGCGCUCUGACAAAAAGCGUGACGUGCUGUGAGACUGAAUAAUGUCGGCCCGUGUUGAUGGGUUUCAGCAACAGGAGCGCGAGGAGUCUGCGGUGCCUUGAUGACAACCAGCAGUUUGAUUGUCAGGCCUCAAAUCACAAAGCCCCUCCACAAUCCCUCUGUGUCUACAUGAGGAAGGACACAUACUGGACGCCUAAUUUCACAUCUCCACAAUGGGUUGAAGUGACGGACAAUUGAAACAGGACCUCUCAUCCAUGUUGGCUGAUGAAGACUGAUGUAAUUGAUCAAAAGCUCUGGAACAAGAAGAGAGUAAGUGGACCUUGAGUUGGGAUUGUUUUGUCAGCUGCUGUUUCCAGAAAUGCACCAUCAAGCUCAGUUUUUAAGCCGACAUGGACAAGAAGCGCUAAAACUGCUCAGAAUAAUGGAAGGUUUAACACCUGACUCCAUCUGCCGAUGAAGAACGUUUAAUUCAGUCAACAGCCCAGAACAAGAGAGCAAGAGACCUUUUUUUGAAUCCUUUUAUACAUUUAUUAAUAGAUUUAUUAAUGGCCGAUGAGGUAUUUAUGAGUGAAAAAUAGAUUUGUGGUUCAGAAAGUUGGUAUAAAGACUUGAUAUGAGGGGAUUCUGUGAAGGGUCUGAAUAUGAAGAGUUAAUUCAUCAAGAAGACUUCUGACCUUCUGGGGGAAAAAAUGACAAAAAUGGAGUCAAUCUGAAUUCAGUCUGCAGUUGUAAAUUUACCUCUGCAGACUUGGAUUAUUGCACCCUAUUAAUAAUUUACAUAUUAAUAAUUUACAUAAAAUUACAGACUACCUGCUGUUGGCUUAUUAGAAAAUGACCUUUGGCCUUUAACUUUUGAUGAAACAUUUACUGCAGACUUGUUGGCUUGUUAGAAAGUUAGAAACUCAUGAUCUUAUAUUAAUGACUCAAUCAACAGGGAUAUUUUUCACAACCUAGCAACCCCAUUAAUGCCUUAAACUGACUGAUCGAUUAGGCAUUAGCAAUGAUUUAUUAACUACUAAUAACUAACUGGUCCUAGAAAGAGAGAUAGAGUUACACCUUCAUUAGCAUCCUUGUGCUGGCUGCCUGUCAAAUACAGGAAUGAGUUCAACUUUAUUUGUUUUUAAAGCCAUACAUGGGUUGAACUUACUCCACCUCUAGGCCUCUUAGAUCCUCACAUCAGUUGCUGAUCCACGAUGAAGGUUAGUGGGUAUAAGAGAUUUUUGCAGUAGCUGCCCCAAAACUUUGGAUUAGUCCUCUGCUUCCAAUCAAGUGUUCCCCUCUACUGACACUUUAAAGGCAAAACUCAAGACUUACAUGUUUUUUUCAAUGGCUACUGGAUGCUCUAAAUGGCUUUAGUACUUUAUUAUAAUCUUUAAUUUAUUUAUAAAUGUAUUUUACCAUUUUAUUCUGUUUUAUGUUUUACAUUUUGUGCAUAUACUUUGAUAGCAUCUUGUAUCACUGUCUUCUAUUACUCCCUUUUACUACUAAUGUCACUUUAUCUUUACUGUUGUGCCUUCCACUGUUAUGUGCACAGCACUUUGGUCAACUCCAGUUGUUUUUAAAUGUGCUCUAUAAAUAAACUUGACUUGAUAAUUGUGGUUAAUUAAGGUGUCUUAUCAGACAGUGGCACAUGCAGCAGCCUGUUAUUUAAGGGUAUGACUGAAGACAAGAUAAUGAGGAAAUUGAAGAAAAAGGUGCUGACCAUCAGCAUCAUCAAAGGCUUGAUCAGGCAACGUGUUGUAGCCUCAAUAAAAGGGGAAAAUUAAAUUGAGAAAGUAUGAAAUAAAUCAACGAAUUUCUGCGUAUUCCUCUUGAAAAAUCAGCAACAAGUAAAUAAAGGGGAGCUGCAGGCAGAGCAAACACCCCUCACCUUCAUCAUCCCCUUCACACACACACACACACACACACACACACUGGUGAAGGAUGGAGCGGUGAGGAUGCAGGAGAGUCGCAUCCAGCGGUUCACAGAGGAGGGAAGAUGCUCUGCGCGGCAGAUCAAAAAUGAAAUAUGACUACUUCACACAGACAAGAGAUGUCUCGCAUACAUUAGCUGUCCCCCUCCUCCUCCUCGUCCUCCUCGUCCUCCCCCUCCUCUACCUUCUCCUCUUCCUCAUUUCCGUUGCAGAAUGACCUGUCAGGUGCUACGUGCGUCUCGGUCCACAUCAGGAGCAGCGCACGGUUUUGCGUCUGUAUGUCAACUCAGAAGAAAUGCCACCUCACCUAAGUGAUCUUUUCUUUCCCGUCGGAUGUUAUAUUCCUCGACAGGUCGGAUCGUCUCGUCUCGUGUUUCCUUCUGACCACUGAUUGAAUGGCUGUCAUGACUUGUAGUGCCCUCAGGACCGUAAAGCUACAGGAUGAAAAUCCGCCGUUUGGCGUUCACGCGUCCUCUCAACCUCUAAGUAAUUACACUCCCUAAUUAGACUGGCGUUGAAAAUCCGCGUUGAUUAAACAAUGGAAAGACCUUCAGUAUAUCGACAUAAAGGACAAAGAUGUUUCCUCUCUGUGAAUUGGACACAGUUUAUUUAAAGAUUGCCAUGGGGAAGAGUUUGGACUGAAGCGCAGGGAGAUUUAAUAUCACAGUGGAAGAAAGACAGCGAGAGCCCAGAGGUUAAGACAUGGUCAUCAAUGAUAGAAACACCGGCACCCCUGUACCUAAAAAGGAGCCACAAAAGAAGAAGAGGAGGACGUCUCGCCCUCAUGGCCUGCCCUCUCCGGCACUCUGCUGUGCCUGUGGCCUAUGCAUCAUGUUGGCUGGACUCAACAUCACCCUGGUGGGAGCGUUCGCCUUCAGCACACUGGUGCCUUCUGCCAACCCCCCGAUCAUCAUCGGACCUAUCCUACUGCUGGUGGCCUUUUCUUUUUUUGGGGCCUGUUGCGUGUGCAGCCGUCUCCCUCCUCCCAACAGCUCGCGGUCUAAGGUGGGCGGCAGGGGCUCAGGCUUGAUGGGACAUGGCGGGCUGGCUGGAGGGGCAGCGUUUGAAAUAGAGACCAGCGAGCACACGCUGCAGGAUACUACAGCUGUGCAGCUCAGCCCCACAUCCUCCCCUGGAUCAUCCCGGGCGUCCAGCCCAGAGAAAGAGGCUCCUGACACAGCCCUACCAGGAGCCUGCAAGCUCUUCACCAUGGAGACCAACGGCCCUUCUUCUGUUUCCCCCAACGCAGUCUACUCAGCCUCCACAGCAGCAGGAGGUGAGGUGAGGCUCAACCUGCCACGUGAAGAAGUGGUCACCUAGCAGAGCAGGAACUCUUCCAAGGCCAGAGUGCUAGCAGUGUAAAUAACCUUCUGGGUCGAGGACUUGCUGAGUAUGAUUGUGUCUAGUUUACGUUGUGCCAUAUUUCUGGUUGUGACGAAUUGUCCCCAGUAUGCUUCUGAUUUCUCUUGCUGUGCAGCCAACUGGUAAUUAGCAUGCAGAAUUAACUGAAACAUCCAAGUAUUUGUGGAUCAUAGGUUUUGGAAUUCAAAUUCCUACCUCUUGUGCUGUUUUCCUACAGCUCUUUGUUUUUAACGUGGGGCAUUAUGAACAGUUUUCAUGUAGAAAUCAAACUAAGUGUCUGAAACCACGAGCAUUUAUCUUUCACUGUUACCCUGGUUAGUGGAAACCUCGCCUGUCAGCAGUGAUUUUAGAGGGCUCACCUGAAAAAUGUGAUUGUUGAUUUGUUCUGAAACUCUAGAGACUCGAUGUGAAAGGUCAGUAGUGAAAACCAGAUUUGAAUUGUACAGGUAUGUUUGUGGUGACAUUUGGCAUUUUGUUUGCCAUUUUCAGUGCUGAACUUGUUUUGGGGGCAUGAAAUAUUUUAGGUCACAGGGGUCCCAAAGCAAUAUUCUCUCACCUGAGAUGAAAUUCUUGGUAUUUACAGUUCUUUUCACAAGUAAUCGAUUAAACACUACUACAUCCAGUACAUUUGUCAUGAACAGUGGUGUGUUACAAUAUAUUCACACGUUACUGUGUACAAUGUUGGAUCAUGGAAGCAUUCCUGUAGUCUGACAAGCUAUUGUCAUUACUCCAACAUGAACACUGAGUAUUACAUUUCUGUCUACAAUCACUGACAGUCUCCGAUUUCACGUGUACAUUUUUAACAACAGGGUUCACACAGUUUUAAAGGUCACUUUCUUCCUGGUUUUUGUCAGUAAUUCCUAGACAGUGUAAGACAGUUUAGCUCAUGAUCUAGCUGGAAUAGGAACUUACCAUACUGUAAGGUAUGAAAUUGUAUUAUGGUGAUAAAUUUGUGAAUGUGAAACAUGUGAAUAUCACAAUAUUGAAUUAUCAUUUUUCAGGUCUGAUGCGGAAACCUCCACUUGACAUAGUAUACACAAUACGGGCAAGCCAAGAAGUUUACAGACAGAUUCAGAUUCAGAUUUCAUAAAAAAAAAAUGUAUGUGUUCCCCAUCACUGUGAUGUCUUCUUGUCAGGUAUUAAUUUGACUGGUAAAAUGAGACAUUCAAACCCUGAUUUCCUUUGAAAGGAAAGUUGCCUUAGACUGAGAUUUCAGGAUCAAACUAAUGAGGGCUAUAUACAGUAAAAAUGCACAAAAGCAUUUUCUUCAGAAAGCCUUUGUUUGGCUCUGGAUUUCUAUUCCGUAUUGUUAGGGAAGCCUAAACAAGUUUUAGUUGUUUGUGGAUAAAACACAUGCGUGCAAAUGGCUUAAAUGUUUCUCUCUUUGAAAUGUACAUGGAGGAGCAGCUGAUCAUCAGUGAAUAUCACCUACCGGAGCGUUCCCUUAAACAGUAUUAUCCUUCAUUAUUUGUGACACAGCUCCUCAAAAGGACUAGUUUCUCUGCCAAAGCUCACACUCAAAUUAGAGUGUUGAGUGCUGAGCUUAAUUUUGCAUGUUUGGAGAACUGAGUUAUGGAAAUGCAAACUGAACUAUUGGUGUUAAAUGUGUAUUUUAAUUUCUGUAGCACUUAUACACAAAAUCUGAAAAAUGUAAAGGAUAGAAUAUUUUUGUGAAGAUUAUAAUUUGUUUAUUUUAAAAAAGUAGCCAAUCCAAAUGUGAAUCCUUCAGAAGAUAUAAAUAAAAAGGCUCUUUCAGUACAAACAUGUAGUCACUCAUUAUGUAUGCGUGGCAUUACACCAUG